AUGGCUGCUCCUUCAACUCCUCUCGCAGCCGAUGCGACCGCCACGACCCCGCCAGACGUCGACGUAGGACUGGGGAUCGAUGGAGACAGGAUCAAGGAUCCUUACUACUACCACCUGCUCGGCGUCAAAGGAAACGCGAGUGAGGCGGAGCUGAAGAAGGCGUACCGCAAGCUCGCCAUUAAGUUCCACCCUGACAAGAAUCCGGACAACCCUGAUGCGGCGUCCAAGUUCCAGGAGAUCAGCGAGGCCUACACCAUCCUCUCCGACCCGAACUCCCGAGUGACGUACGACAAGUACGGAAAGCAGUCCGCGCUGGGGGAGGCAGGCGGCGAGGAGCGGAUGCCAGACCCGGGAGAGGUCUUCUCGCAGAUGUUCGGCGGAAAGGCCUUUGAGGAUUGGAUUGGCGAGAUCAGCCUUGGAAAGGAGGUCUCAAAGGCGUUUGCGCAAGCCGAAGAGGAGGAAGAGGAGGCUGCAGCGGAGGAAGCAAAGGCUGCCGCCGCGUCUGGCGCAUCGACUCCUCAGCAGAGCGCAAUUCCCUCGGAGCCUCACGUUGAGAAGCCCGCCGCCGCAGCUGCGGCAGCCUCGCCGUCUCCCGCCUCACCUGCCGGUUCCACCUUCUCCCCCCAGUCCACCUCUCGACCCGCCUCGACUACCGCUCCUACCGCCGGCGCCGCUUCAACUGCCGCAGCCGACUCGACCGCCUCAUCUUCGACCAAGCCCGCCAAGUCGCACCUCGCCGGCAAGCCUCCCAAGCUCUCGGCGGAGCAAAAGCAGAAGGCGUACGAGGAGGAGAAGAAGUCGUGGGAGGAGAAGCGGAAGCGGAUUGAGACGCUUGCUGAGAAGCUGAGGGACCGGGUGAGGCCGUUUGUCGAUGCGAGGAACCCGGGAGACAAGGAUGAUCCCGAGACGAAGCGAUUUGCGGAGCGCAUGAGGGAGGAGACGAGGGAUCUGGCGAUGGAGAGCUUCGGUGUUGAGCUGUGCCACCUGCUCGGCGAGAUCUAUAUGCAGAAGGCGACGACCUACAUCCGCCUCCAUCGCAAGCCCUCCGCGAACCUCCUUGGCCUUCCCGGCUGGUGGUCGCGCGUCAAGGAGAAGGGCGCAACCCUGAAAGAGGGCUGGUCGUUCCUCUCGACCGGUCUCGACGUCCAGCGCGCGAUGCUUGAUAUGGAGAAGCGACAGGAGAAGGGCGAUUUGGGUGAGGAGGAGAUGCGUAGGUUGGAGAUGGAGAUGAGCGGGACGCUUUUGCUUGUGGCGUGGAAGGGGAGCAAGUUUGAGUUGAGCGCGGUAUUGAGGCAGGUGGUCGACCUCGCCCUUACGAAGGAAUCGCCCCAGGUGACGGAAGCCAUGCUGAUGAACCGGGCCAAGGCCAUCUUGUUCAUCGGCGCGAUCCUCAAGGCCGUCCAGCCCGAAGAAGGCGACGACGAGCGCCGCGAACUCGAGCGCCUGGUCGCCGAGGCCCAGCAGCGACGGAAGGAGCGCAAGGCCGGAAAGAACAAGGAGAAGGAGAAGGCUGCUGCUGCCGGCGCAGCAUCGUCGCCGGCUGUUGGCGCCGCCGAGGCGAAGGCGUCCGUCGAGGAGGAGAAGACGAAGGCGUGA